CCAUUCUAACGCCUACGGACCGCCCACGGUGGCACGAUUUGUUCUAGAUCAGUUGCUCGUUCAUUACAUUUGUAAUAAUAACCUUUUGCAUAUUUCUCUUCAUUUACUGAUAGAAAAAUGGCGUAUUUUUGGAAUUCAUGGAAGGUCGCUGCUCGUGUGGCUAGAGUCAGAACAAACCUUAGUUUAUAUAAUAUUAUUAUUAAAGCAAGCUAUUCACAAACUCAGCUUAAAGUGGAUGCCAACCCGGAAAUUAAGUACAAUCAGGUAUUCAUCAAUAAUCAAUUUCAAGCGGUUAGUGGAGAUACCUUCCCAACAAUUAACCCAGCAACUGAACAAAAGAUAUGUGAUGUUUAGGAAGGAGAUAAGGCAGACAUUGAUCUUGCUGUGAAAGCAGCCCAUCAGGCUUUCAAGCUUGGUAGUCCAUGGAGAACUAUGAAUGCAUCUGACAGAGGCCAAAUAUUAUAAACAGCAGACUUGAUUGAGAGAGAUCGUGAAUACUUAGCAAGUAUUGAAAGUUUGGAUAAUGGAAAACCUUGGAAAGAUUCUUAUGCAAUUGAUCUUCAUCUAGCAUUAAGAUGUUAUCGAUAUUUUGCUGGUUGGGCUGAUAAAAUUCAUGGUAAAACUAUACCAUGUGAUGGUGAUUUCUUUGCAUAUACUCGUCUUGAACCAAUUGGUGUUGUUGGUCAGAUAAUUCCUUGGAACUUUCCGUUGCUGAUGCAAGCUUGGAAACUUGCACCUGCCCUUGCUGCAGGAACAUGUAUAGUUCUCAAACCUGCUGAACAAACGCCAUUAUCUGCCCUCUAUGUAGGAGCUCUUGCUGCCGAGGCUGGUUUACCACCCGGAGUCCUAAAUAUAGUUCCAGGUUAUGGUCCAACCGCAGGAGCUGCCAUUUCGGAACAUUUGAUGAUCGAUAAAGUUGCGUUUACAGGAUCUACAGAGGUUGGUAAGAUCGUCCAAGAGGCUGCUGGCAGGAGUAAUUUGAAAAAUGUUACUCUUGAACUUGGUGGGAAAAGUCCAAGCAUUGUGUUUGCUGAUUGUGACAUUGAUAAUGCUGUUGAAAUGAACCAUGUUGGUCUCUUCUUAAACCAAGGACAAUGUUGUAUUGCUGGAAGUAGAAUAUUUGUUGAAGAAUCGAUUUAUGAUGAGUUCGUAGAGAAGAGUGUUGCUAAAGCCAAGGCAAGGGUUGUUGGAGAUCCUUUUGAUGCUAAAACUGAUCAAGGUCCACAGGUUGACAAAGAACAAUUCAAUAAAAUAUUGGACUUGAUUGAGAGUGGUAAAAAUGAAGGUGCUAAAUUGGAAUGUGGGGGUGAUCGAUCAACUGACAAAGGAUAUUUUAUUCAGCCAACUGUGUUUACCAAUGUCUCUGAUGACAUGCGCAUUGCUCGAGAAGAGAUUUUUGGACCAGUUAUGCAAAUAUUGAAAUUUAAAAAUAUCGAUGAAGCAAUUGAAAGAGCCAACAACACAAUGUACGGUCUUGGCGCUGGUGUAUUUACUUCCAACUUGGAAAACGCAAUUAUGGCGUCUCAUGGAAUCCGAGCUGGUUUAGUUUGGGUGAAUUGCUAUGAUAUAUUUGACUGCACUUGUCCUUUUGGUGGAUACAAGAUGUCAGGAUCUGGACGAGAACUGGGUGAAUAUGGAUUGGCUCAGUAUUCUGAAGUUAAAGCGGUAAUGACCAAAAUCCCCAAGAAGAAUUCGUAAUUUAGAGUUAAAAUUGUAAUUUCAAUAAUCUACUAAAUAGAUGGACUAAUGUUGUAGCUCUUGCAACUACACUUGCUUGUAAACUUCUCCGAAUAAAGAACUUUCAUUUUUAGAAGUUUCAUUCGCAAA